UGGGAUUUCCAAAUAAAGGAUGAGAUCAGUGCUCCUCCUCAUCACAUAUUUUUCCUCCAUCUUUCUGCUUCCAUCCUCUUCUUCUUCUUCUUCAUCAUCAUCAUCAUCAUCAUCAUCUCCAACCCACUGGUCAUCAGAUUCCUCGUUGGAUAACAAAUUGGGGGCAAACCCGCAUGAACAUCUCAAUGGGCUCAACAGUUUUACAGCAGCAGCAGCAGACGUUAAGAAAUUAGGGAGGGGCCAUGGUUCUGUAACAGGCGGAAAUGGAGGGUCAGGUGGUGUACCAGACAACAACGGUGGUGGUGGAAAUGUGCCUGCAGGAGGAGCAGUGGUGCCUGUAAUCAUAGCCGGUGCAGCAAACAACAAUCACCAUCAGAACAACCACCGAGGAGCUUCCGCUUGCAACUUCAGCAACAUCAACAUCUACUGGAGAGGACUUGUCACCUUUGUUACUGCUACAACCGCCUUGGCCACUCUGCGGCAGCUGUGCAGGUUCGAUUAGACAAUGUGUGAGGAAACCAGUUUCUCGAGUUUUUGGUGUGAGCUUUGAAAAUGCUUGGAGAAUAACAGGUUGCUGAUUUUGUUGUUGGUUGACUUGGUCUUGGUUUCCCCCAGAUGCUGUUUGUACAUAUAACGAUACAAUUCUCUGCAUGUCUUGCUGUAACUCAACUGGUG